GCAGGAGGCCCUGCUGGACUGGGUAAGGCCCGCCCAGAAGACUGAUAGCUUGGCAACAAAGAAGCUAAUUAGCUGCUUUUCAGGCCCGAAACAUUAUAUCCAAGGACCUCAACAAGCCAGGCCCAGAGACGAUUGAGGAUUUGUACAAUGGCGCAGUAUUUUCGGACCUGCUCGUGAUCCUAGACGACGAAUACAAGCCCGAUGAGCUCCAAGAGAACUUGGCCCUUGCCAGCAAAGAUCUGCCCAUCGAAGGUCGCCAGAGGAACAUGCACAUAAUACGGAAAGCACUCCGGAGUUUUGUCAAGAGGCAGCUUGAGGUUGUAGAAGUCCUGCUCGACGAUGUAGAUUUCCAAUCUUUGGAUAGGAACCCCACCAACCAUGGUAUAUGCCAAAUCUUGUCCAUAUUCUUGGUCGUCAGUGUGAACCUUCCCGACAAGUUCGUCUCUCAGGAGAUCCUCCAGGAUAUGCAAAAGACUUCGGAGGACAAGGCCAGAUUGGCAGCUCUUAUGCAGGUCAUGAACCAGUCUCAGAAUAGGAUCAAGCAGGGCGAUCAUGCGGAAUCAACUGAGCCCUCUCAAGCCGCUGGCUCUGCUCCCGCCCAUGUGGCUGGUUUCGAUGAACUUGCAUUGGAGGCAGAGUUGGCCAAACUUCACCGCGAGAUCGAGUCUCUCAAGAAGCGCAACGCCGAUCUGGUUACGGUGCACGAGCGUUUGCAAGAAAGCCACCAGGAAUUGUUGGAUCGCCACGAAAGAGUUACCGAGAACCGGGACAAGCUUCAGGAGAUGCUAGAGUCUGGCGCGUACGGAGACGGGGCGGAGAAGAAGAAGCAGCUCCAAGAGCAGAACAGGCUCAUUGAUAACCUGGAAAUGCAAUUGGAUGAUGCUCGUCGGGCAAAGGAGGAGCUCGAAAGAGUAAAGGUACGACUUGAAGCCGAAUUGAGCAAGCUCGUACCGCUGGCGCAGGAGUACCAGGAUCUGAAGCAAGAGAAUGAAGACCUCACCAAGAGGGCCAACGCUGCCGAGCACCUGAAGCAGAAACUCGAGAAACUUAGGGGGCUCGAGAACGAGGUCAAGAAAUUGCGUGAGGAGAGGAGCGAAUUCUUUGAAGGCCAGGAACAACUCAUGAGCUUCCAGAAGCAGGUCAUGGCGCUAUCGGCGGAGCGCGACCAACAGUCUAGGAAUAUGCAAGCGUAUGAAAUCCAGGUAUCCGAGUUCAACGCCCAGAAGAUGGCCUGGAACAUGGAGUAUCAGAAGCUGCAGAGACAUUUAGAGUCUCUGGAGACCAAGUCCAAAGACGAUGAGGAAAUGGUCAAGGACCUGCAAGAAAAGGUCAUGCUUCUGGACCCUUCAGCCGUAAUCGAUGCACCACAUUCGGCACGAACGCAGAGUCGGUCGCUCGAGGACGAACUAGAGGGGACAACGAAUGAGUCACACACAUUGAAAGAUCUCGAGAUCUCGCGGCUGCAAACCGAGAACGCACUUCUCAAAAGCAGUAUUGGUACAGAUGGCGAGAAGGGUAUGCUCUUUCAGCAGAUCGAGAGGGAGCAGGACGCCCGUAAAGCGUUACAAGAGAGAUAUAACACCCUCUUUGAGAAAUACACCAUCGACAAGGCUACAAUAGAUGCGCUUACCAACAAGCAUGAUGAUGAGGCGCUUUCUAAUCUCCGGAAGCAAGCACAACGCGAGGAGGAUCGUGCUAAAGAACUUGCGCGCCAGCUCGAGGCCACACAAACGGAACUCAAGGACAAGGAGCGAGGUUUGACAGAAGCACAAGGUGACUUGCGAGCCGUUCAAGAUGGUAACGAUGCUCUUGCGGAACUCAAAGGCACUGAUGGCAUGGUGGCUGUUUCUCUCCGCGCUGAACUGGACUCACUGCGCAAGAAGCUCGACCUCUUGAAACUGGACUUUGAUUCACGCCAAGAACAGCUAGUCUCCGCUCUCCUUGACAAGGAACAGCUUCGCAAAGAGAUAGAGGCUGCCAACGCAGAACUCCAGAAGGCAGCAGAAGGCGGCCAUGCAGUGAAUCCAGAUGUCACCAAGACGAUCGAGAAGAUCGAGAAGCUUCGAGUCAAGUACAAGCAGAAGAGCGAACAAUGCGACAAGGCAGAAGCGGCCAAGCGCGAACUCGAGAAGAUGCUGAAGGCCUUGAAGGCGGGAUCCUCCGAAGGAGAGCAGGACAAGACGAAGGACCAGAUAAUCAAAAACCUCCAGCGUGAAAACGCAAUGAUCUCUACAGCAUGGUAUGAUUUGACUAGUCGUCUGCAGAGCAACCAUGUGGUUCUGCAAAGGAGGAACGAUGCGCCAAAGAGUUGGCUCAACAAGCAAAGACAGCUUGUGAAUGCUACACCGAGGAGAUAGGAGCUCCAGGCGUAACAAGCUUUCCCGCUUAUAUAUCUCACGAUCUACCGUUAUGUCCAUAAACUUCGGUUUUGAAUCACGGCUCUUGACCUUUGGGUUAAACCCUAUACAUGCAUAGAGAGGGGUGGAUGUUUCUUAGCAAACACUGCAUUAGCGGCGCGUUCCUCGAUUUUCUUUAUUCGUUGCCAUGGAGCGAGCAUUGUUUAUAUACCCUUCCUACCUUUUACUUCUUAUACAUCGUCAUGCAGCCAAGAUUGGCGGUGGGAUGUUUGUCGUGUUUACUAGAGGCAAGGAUUUUUUUUUUAUCGUCGAGGCUCGAGAUUACUUCGGAGUAGGCAUUGUAGAUACACCUAUAUAGCCUCACAGCCUUGAGGAGAAGCCAGGAAUGAAACUCAUGUAUCACAUC